AUGGAAGAAACAAACCAAACCACACUGACAAAGUUUAUCCUUCUAGGCUUUACAACAGACCCCAAAUUGCAGUUGAUCCUCUUUGUGGCAUUUCUAGUAAUAUAUAUUGUUAGCCUGGCUGGAAACCUCACACUCAUUGCUCUAAUCUGCAGUACCUCCCGUCUUCAUACACCCAUGUAUUUCUUCAUUGGGAACCUAUCUUUCUUGGACCUCUGGUAUUCCUCUGUUUACACUCCAAAGAUCCUGGUGAACUGUGUCUCAGAUGACAAAAGCAUUUCCUUCAGAGGUUGUGCUGCCCAGUUCUUCUUCUCUGCAGGCCUUGCGUACAGUGAGUGCUACCUCCUGGCAGCAAUGGCUUAUGAUCGAUAUGUGGCCAUUGCUACUCCCCUACGAUAUGCCACUGCCAUGUCCAGAAAGCUAUGUACAGGACUGGUGACCUUCUCAUAUCUAAGUGGUUUUAUCAAUGCCACAGUCAUCACCAGUGAAACUUUCACACUGAAUUUUUGUGACAACAACAUCAUUGAUGACUUCUUCUGUGAUCUACCCCCACUGAUAAAGCUCUCCUGUGCUGUCCCCAAAAGCUACCAGUCUGUGCUGUACUUUAUUCUGGCCUCUAAUGUUAUUACACCUUCAGCACUCAUCCUUGCCUCAUAUACCUUUAUUCUGGCAGCCAUUUUGAGGAUCCGCUCCACUGAAGGGAAGCUGAAAGCCUUCUCUACAUGUGCCUCCCAUCUGACAGCUGUCACUUUGUACUACGGUUCAAUCCUCUUCAUCUACUCACGCCCUAGCUCCAGUUAUGCCUUGGAGAGGGAUAAAGUAGUAUCUGUUUUCUACACAGUAGUGAUCCCUAUGCUGAAUCCCUUAAUCUACAGCUUGAGGAACAAAGAAGUGAAGAAUGCUCUGAAGAAACUAAUAAUGAAAUGGAUGGUAUUUGCAAAAAAGUGUAACUUAGCAAAGUUAAUGUUGAAUUUGCAGUUUGAUAGUUCAGAACAUCUCAUCCUUCCAUGAAAAAUGGCUGUAGGAAAUAGUACUACUGUCACUGAAUUCAUCCUCCUGGGCCUCUCAGAUGAUCCACAGAUGCAACCAAUAUUCUUUGUGGUAUUUCUGAUCAUCUAUCUGGUCAAUGUUGUGGGUAAUGUAGGCAUGAUCAUUCUGAUCUCGUUUGAUUCCCAACUUCACAACCCUAUGUACUUCUUCCUGUGGCACCUCUCCUUCUGUGACAUUUGCUACUCAACUGCUAUUGCCCCCAGAAUGCUGUCUGAUUUAUUAUCUGAAAGCAGAAUAAUCUCCUUCACUAGCUGCACAGCUCAGUUCUAUUUCUUUGCAGUCUUUGUAGAUGCUGAAUGCUACAUUUUAGCAGCGAUGGCCUAUGACCGCUAUGUGGCUAUCUGUAACCCAUUGCUCUACUCUUCUGCCAUGUCCAAAGGUCUCUGCGUCCAGCUCUUAAUAGGAUCGUAUAUUGCUGGUACGACUAAUGCCAUAAUACAUACAACAGCCACUUUCAGUCUUAGCUUCUGCAGCUCCAACCUUAUUAACCAUUUUCUCUGUGAUGUUCCUCCACUUCUGGAAAUCUCCUGCUCUGACACCCACAUCAAUGAGAUUCUGCUCUUCACUUUUGCUGGUUUUGUUGAGAUGAGUUCUCUCUCUGUCAUCCUUGUCUCUUAUCUCCUCAUCUUGGCUGCCAUCCUGAGAAUGCACUCGGCUGCAGGGAGGUUCAAAGCCUUUUCUACCUGUGGAUCUCACUUCACUGGAGUAACUUUGUUUUAUGGGACUGUGAUUUUUAUGUAUCUACGUCCAACUUCUGUCUAUGCCAUGGACCAAGACAAAUGGGCAUCUGUGUUCUACACUGUGGUGAUUCCCAUGCUCAACCCUCUGAUCUACAGCCUGAGGAACAAAGAUGUUAAAGAAGCAUUUAAAAAACUCAUCAACAAGAAGUUAAAUUCUGCCUUAAUCUGA